CUUGAAUAAAAACUGCACCCAACUUCCCAGGCGCCCUCAUUGCCCGGCCGGACCCCAGCCCCCCGACAGGCUCGGGCCGCCGCGCUCGCCCCGUGCUCCGCCGGCAUCACCGCCCCCAGCCCAGCCCCGCGCACCGGACCCCGCACCCCGGAUCCCCGGACCCCCGGACCCCGGCGCCCCGCGCUCGCGCCUCGCACCAUGGACAAGUUGGGGUGGCACCUGGCCUGGGGACUGUGCCUCCUGCGGCUGAGCCUGGCGCAGAUCGAUUUGAACAUAACCUGCCGCUACGCAGGUGUGUUCCAUGUGGAGAAAAACGGUCGCUACAGCAUCUCCAGGACGGAGGCUGCCGACCUCUGCAAGGCUUUCAACAGCACCCUGCCCACCAUGGCCCAGAUGGAGCGAGCCCUGAGCGUGGGCUUUGAGACCUGCAGGUACGGGUUCAUAGAAGGACAUGUGGUGAUCCCCCGUAUCCAACCCAAUGCUAUUUGUGCUGCAAACCAUACAGGGGUGUACAUCCUCAUAUCCAACACCUCCCAGUACGACACGUAUUGCUUCAAUGCUUCAGCUCCACCUGAAGAGGAUUGUACAUCGGUCACACACCUGCCCAAUGCCUUUGAUGGACCAAUUACCAUAACCAUCGUUAACCGUGAUGGCACCCGCUACAGCCAGAAGGGUGAAUACAGAACCAACCCUGAAGACAUCAACCCCAGCAACCCCACUGACGAUGAUGUGAGCAGUGGAUCCUCCAGUGAAAGGAGCACUUCGGCAGGCUACAACAUCUUCCACACCCACCUUCCAACUGCAUACCCGACCGAGGACCAAGACAGUUCCAGGGUGUCUAGCAACUCAGACCAUACCCCCAUUACCAAAGACCACGACUCAUCGGUUCACCCCAGUGAGAGGUCCCAUACCACUCAUGGAUCAGAAUCAGCUGGACACUCAAGUGGAAGUCAAGAAGGUGGUGCAAACACAACCUCGGGUCCUAUGCGGAAACCUCAAAUCCCAGAAUGGCUCAUCAUCUUGGCCUCGCUCCUGGCCUUGGCUUUGAUUCUUGCCGUUUGCAUCGCUGUCAAUAGUCGAAGAAGGUGUGGGCAGAAGAAAAAGCUGGUUAUCAACAAUGGCAAUGGAGCAGUGGGGGACAGGAAGCCAAGUGGGAUCAACGGAGAGGCCAGCAAGUCUCAGGAGAUGGUGCACUUGGUAAACAAGGAACCCUCAGAGACCCCCGAUCAGUAUACGACAGCCGACGAGACACGGAACCUGCAGAACGUGGAUAUGAAGAUUGGGGUGUAACCCCCACACUUGGUGACCUUGGAGAGAAAUGGCAGUUGGAGACAGAAUCAUGGCAAGGAGCUGGGACACUUCACAGAUGCAAUGUGCUACUGAUUGUUUCAUUAUUGGGGAUCUUUUUUUAGUAUAACGUUUUCUACUUCUUUUUUUGUUUGUUUGUUUGUUUGGUUUUUUUUUUUUUUUUUGCAUUUUGUUUUUUAAAGUCAGGUCCAAUUUAUAAAAACAGCAUUGCUUUCUGAAAUGAGGGCCCAAUGGAUAAUCCACAAGAAUUUGACUGUUCCAGUUCCCAUCUAAAAGCCUCCACCCCCUAGGAUGUGCUAUGGACGGCUUCUAACAGAAGGCACAUAUACAUCUUCUUGAUCCCCCACCUUCCCUCCCUUCCCCCUCUCAGGCAACAACCACCUGCUAAGAACAUCCCCCAGGGCUAAAAGGGAUUGGUCCCUUGGGAGGAUAUUUAAAAGGUACCACAUGCCCCCUGCCCCUCCUGCAGCC